UUGUGAUGUGAGACACACACACUCACACGGUGAAGGCUACGGUCACACAACCCCCACACGCACCGUCUCAUGACUGCUGGUACCUAACCUGAACGAGGCGUCGGGCUCGGGCGGGCAAACAAUCCCCGGUGUGCUGCUGCUGGAGGGAAGCAUCAAUGCCUCCAGGUUCCCUCUCACAUAUCGGCCUGGACCUGUUCUCAUCAUCGGGCCUCCUGCGCUGAGAUAAUGAAAGGAUGGCCGAGCAGCGUUGCGGGGACCACGGAGGGCUGACGGAUGCUGCUGCAGCGAUGAAUUCAAAGCAGGAGGCAGCAGCGGAGGGUCUCUCUCUGGAGGAGAUACUGGGGCUUUAUGGCCAGCCCAUCAAUGAGGAGCAGGCAUGGGCGGUAUGUUACCAGUGCUGCAGGACGCUGGCGAAGGGACACCGGGGCAGGAGGAGCUGCUCCGCCGCAGCCGGAGCAUCAUCAGCGGCGGCUCCGAUGAGGAUCUCCGGACCGGGGGAUGUUAGGAUACAGAAAGACGGGUCUGUGAGGGUGGAACAACAGGGCUGUGAAGGUAAAUACAGCCCUUGCACAACAACAGAGGUGAUUGAGUCUCUGGGCAUCAUGAUCUACAAGGCUCUGGAUUACGGGCUGAAGGAGAAUGAGGAGAGGGAGCUCAGCCCUCCUCUUGAGGAGCUCAUCGACCUCAUGACCAACAUGGCCGAGGCUGAGAAGGACGCCUGCCCCGAUGAAGGCUAUGAGGCCACAGAGGAAGAGGACGACGCAGAGGAUGACCCUGACAAUGUCUCCAGUGUUCACGGCUACAGAGAUAUCCUCAAGCUAUGCACAGCUCAUCUACCCAGUCUAUCAGAUGCUCAGAGUCACUACCAGGCAGUGUGUCGGGCUCUGUACACAGAAACCAGGGAGCUACGCACUUUCUUGGAGAAGAUCAAGAGUGCCAAAGAGAACCUGCGUAAGAUGGAGAAAGAGUCAUCUGACGACCCUGGCAGAGACCUGAAUGAGCUACAGAAUGCUGAUUGGGCUCGAUUCUGGGUUCAGGUGAUGAGGGACCUGCGUGAUGGUGUCAAGCUGAAGAAAGUGCAGGAGCGCCAGUACAACCCUCUGCCCAUCGAGUACCAGCUCACUCCCUACGAGAUGCUCAUGGACGACAUCAGGUCCAAACGAUACAAGCUGCGCAAAGUCAUGAUAAAUGGAGACGUCCCACCCAAGUUAAAGAAGAGUGCUCAUGAAGUCAUCCUGGAGUUCAUCAGGUCCAGACCACCUCUCAACCCUGUGUCAGCUCGUAAGCUGAAGCCACAGACUCAGGCUCCGCCGACGCUGCAUGAGCGCAUCCUGGAGGAAAUCAAAGCAGAGAGGAAACUUCGACCGGUUUCUCCUGGUGAGGUCCGCAGGGGAAGGCUGGUAAUUCGGCCACUUAGCAUGUCUUUCAGUUUUGAUGCGUCAGAUGAGUUUAGUCCGUACAUGGGCAGGAGGACAUCCAGCAGUCUGUCCCUGACCAAUGGAUCAGCAUCUCCCAGGGUAGAGCCAUCCGGAUCUCACUCUGUACCUCAGAGGAAGAGGCUCCUGAAGGCCCCCAGCCUCGCCGAGCUGGACAGCUCUGACUCUGACGAUGAGAUUGUUGGGCGCAGAUCGGCCAGCAGCUCCAGUGUGGCUACAUCUUUGAUGGAUGAUACGUCCCCUGAGUCUGCGCUGGGGAAGAAAACUCCCCCCAUGUUCCUGCCAAUCUCCUCUACACCCCAGCCAGAGAGACGUCAGACCCCGCAGAGGAGACACUCCAUCGAAAAGGAAACCCCGACCAACGUACGACAGUUUCAGCCGCCCUGCAAACAGAGCUCCAAGUCUCUGGAGGAGUUCUGUUUCCCCGUGGAGUGCCUGUCUCUGACCGUGGAGGAGGUGAUGCACAUCAGACAGGUGCUGGUUAAGGCAGAACUGGAGAAGUUCCAGCAGUACAAAGACAUCUAUAACGCUAUGAAGAAGGGAAAGCUUUGCUUCUGUUGUCGAACCAAAAGGUUUUCCUUUUUCACCUGGUCCUACAUCUGCCAGUUUUGCAAAAAGCCUGUGUGUUCACAGUGCUGCAAAAAGAUGCGGCUGCCAUCCAAACCUUAUUCCAGCUUGCCCAUCUACUCCAUCGGCUCGACCAACACUCUCCCCAGGGACAGGGUAAGUGCCAUUGCUGCUGUAGGACAAGGUCUCUCUGUGGCUGCAGGGCCAGGGCCAUCCGCAGUGGAAGGGGCCUCAGCAUCCCCAAAUUUGAGAGGAGUGACAACAGAAGCGUCUAAAGGAGCUGGAAAAGCCUCUCGAGGAGCAGCUGCUGCUAAAUCUGAGAAAUCCUCCAGUAGCCCACAGCGCCACGGCAUUCCGAAGACCAUUUCCAAGCUUUCUAAGCACGGCUCCUUAAAGUCCCAUGAAGAACUGGAGCUUCCCCCAGAGCUGACAGAGGACUGGGCCACCAUGGAGGUGUGUGUGGAUUGCAAGAAGUUCAUCACUGACAUUAUCGCCUCCAGCAAGCACAGCCUGUCCCUGGCCACUAAGAGAGCUCGCCUAAAACGCAAGACCCAGUCCUUCUACUUGUCCUCCCCUAAAGGAAGGGAGGAGUACCGGCCCUCUGAACGAACAAUCAAGGAGAUCUAAAACACUUUAUCUCUCUCUCUGGCUGCUUCCAGCUCCAAUGGCACAAUUACAAAGACUCAACACUGGAUAUGAUCUUACAGUAAGUGUAUACAUCAGUCAGAUUAAGCUGUCAGAAGGCUGAUGUGAACCUCAGCGGUGGACAAUGUUGUUUUUGUUUCUGUGUCCUGAUCACCAUGUACAGCUUCUUCAGACAUAUACUGUAGAUCUGCCAAUCUUUUUUUUUUUUACCAUAUCAUAGAUGAUCCUUUGAUCUCUGGCCACAGUGUUUGAGUAAAGAGACAAGAACUAUUGUGAUGGCAAUGCCUCAAAGUGGAAUGACGUCCCUCUCCUCUGAUGGCUCAACUCACACUCAAAUCAAUAAGCACAAGAAGGACUGAUGUGUGUUUGACUUCUUCAGGCGCUGGCACUGCAGAAGACACAAGGCCUGCAGAGAGAUCGCGUUGUAAGCUGAGAGUGACUGUACAUUUUGUAUGGGUUUUAAUUUAGUUUUUUAAGUGUGUGUACAGUAAAUGAUUGUUCGAUGAAAAGUCACCCUUUGUUUUAUUUUGCUGAUGACGCUCAAUGAGACUUUCCUCCACUUUCAUCUUCACGAAGCAUGCUUGAGAGCAUGUUUUGGAUUUUCUUGAGAAAGCAGAGGAAAAGUCUUUGUGUCUGUUUUUUUCAUUGUGUCAGAAAACAUAAUCUGUUUUUAUGCAGAUUUAGUGCCAAAUAAUAACUUCUUCCUAACCUGUAUGUCACCCAAGGAAAAGUCAUUCCCCAUUGAUGUAUGUUUACAGCCCUCUUGCAGCAAAAUGACGUUUAAAAAAAGUGGCCCGAUAAAAAAAUAAAAUAAACCGUGGUUCCAACACGAAAUAUUCAAGACUAAAUAAGCAUUAAGAGUUUAACACUCUGCUGCUUAGCUUCAUAAGGACUGUGUGGUUAGGAUUCCAUUAGAUUGAUUGACUGCGGUUGAUUUUAGCAUUGCUCUCACAUGAAUUCAUGGGACUUGAAGCUGCAGAGGCUGAGAUAUUUGGUGUCCAAGCUAAAAAAAAUACUAUAGCCUACAUCUCCCAUGAUGCCCACUGUAAAAAACAUUUGACCAAAAAUGUUGUGUUCAUGUUGGACCCUAUUCCUUAGAGAAGCAGUGCAAAAAAAAAUGUUUUGAGGCCCUUUAAGCGCAUUUCCUAACCAUACAUUUACACUGUAUGUUCGUAAUAAAGAACUUUUUUACUUAAAUCACUCAGAUGUGCACACAAGCAGGUAUAGAAACAACAAUCAAGAUUUUUCAGACUUGCCUUUUAAUCAUUUACAGGAAAUAUCGGCAUAUUUUUGCAUUUUUAAAUACCUAUGAAUGAAUGCGUUGGUAAAUAUAUAGUAUGUAUUAACUCCUUCACUUUUCUUUACAUUAAGUUCCUGACUCGUAUUUGUAUUAUGUAAAGAUUAGUCAUAAUAAAACGCCUCAUGUUGAUGUUUUUGUACAGCUGUACACUUUAUGAAACCCAGUUCACUGCAAAUAAUAACAACAUACUGUCUUUCCGUUCAACACACACUGUAAGUCUUAAUAUAACACCUUUAUGAUUUCCCUCCAUCGUUCAGAGUCUCAUUGGCAGGAAGAAGUACCUGACUUGUGGCCUGGAUGUCUAUUUGAUUCUUCAUCACAUUCCUCAUCUCCCUCCUUAAGAUGUUUCUGCCUUAAGAAUUGCCUUUUAUGAUCGCACUCAUAUGUUGAACAGUCAUCUACUGUAACUGUACAUACUUUGUUUCUAAUGGUUUAUUUGUAGAUCAGCUCUGUGUUGCCUCAGUGGUAUCUUGACAGUGAGACUGCUGUAGAUCUGUGUCUCUGAGAGGGAAACUAUCCCAGUACUGUGUGUUCAGGGGAGGAGUGGGAAGUCCACACAAGAAACCUCACAGUAUGACAGCAUCAUGCAUGUACUAUGGUGUAGCUUGUACCUUCAGUCUGUAUUACCUUCAAGCUGUAACUCCCUGCAGAGAGUGCAACAAAUGAUGACUACAACAAUAAACUGUAAUGCAAUACCUGA